CGAGACGCUGGCUGUACCAGCGUCUGGUUAGUUCCCUCGGUGAGGACUGGAUCUUUCUCCUGCUCCUGGGGCUGGUGAUGGCUCUCGUCAGCUGGGCGAUGGACUACGUCAGUGCUCAGGGACUGGACUUAUACAAGUGGCUGUACGUCCUUGCCAAAAGCAGUCUUUGGCUGCAGUACCUCGUCUGGGUCGGGUUCCCCCUCGUCCUCAUCGUCUUCUCCACCCUCCUCUGCAUGUUCGUCUCUCCUCAGGCGGCAGGCUCCGGGAUUCCCGAACUGAAGACCAUUAUCCGGGGAGCAGUUCUGCACGAGUACCUCACCUUCCGUACGUUCAUAGCCAAAACGGUGGGUCUGACGGCCGUCCUCAGCACUGGCUUGCCUGUUGGCAAGGAGGGGCCGUUCGUGCACAUCGCCAGUAUCUGUGCUGCUCUAAUUAGCAAGUUCCUCUGCUUCCUCAGCGGGACCGUUGAGAAGGAGUAUUCCUUACGAGCAGAUGUUUUAACAGUGGGAUGUGCUGUUGGUCUUGGCUGCUGUUUCGGGACACCUCUGGGAGGGGUGCUGUUCAGUAUCGAGGUGACCUGCACCUACUUUGCCGUGCGUAAUUACUGGCGAGGCUUCCUCGGGGGGACAUUCAGCGCCUUCAUCUUCCGCGUCCUCUCCGUCUGGAUCAAAGACGCCGUCACCAUCACCGCCCUCUUCAAGACCAACUUCCGUGGAGACUACCCCUUCGACCUACAGGAGCUGCCCGCCUUCGCCAUCGUGGGCAUCGUGUGCGGAUUCAUGGGGGCAGCUUUUGUCUAUCUGAACCGGCUCUUCGUCAUCCUCAUGAAGAAACGGAACGUCCUCACACGGAUCCUAAUGAAACAGAAACUUAUUUACCCAACAGUUUUGACGUUAAUUCUCGCAACUAUUAGUUUCCCUCCUGGGGCUGGACAGUUCAUGGGAGCUGAGCUGAUGCCCCGGGAAACCAUCAACUCCCUCUUCGACAACCUCACCUGGAGCAAGGUGACCGACCCGAAAGUCCUCGGCCACUCAGCAGCCUGGUUCCACCCGCAGAUCAGCAUCUUCCUCGUCCUCGCCAUCUACGUCGUCAUGAAUGUCAUUCUGGAUGGCGCUGUGGCCUGCACGAUGCCCAUUCCCUGCGGAGCGUUCAUCCCUGUCUUCAACAUGGGUGAGUAG